UUUUAUGUUGGAACUAACAGUUAUAAGGACUAACAAAACCGGUGGCUAUUAAUGAGGCGUUGCUGUGUAACGGCGAAAGAAUAGGGCAUUUGUGGAGGAAGAGGCGAUGAAUUACGCCUAUCGUCUUUUGGAUAAUGUUAAAUACUUCUACAAAACACUCAAUCCAGCAUCACUUUCUGGGGCAAUUGAUUUGAUUGUUGUGGAGCAGCCGGAUGGGUCAUAUUUGUCAACACCGUUUCAUGUAAGAUUCGGAAAAUACGGCGUUUUAAACAGUGACGAAAAAUAUGUGGAUAUAACAGUAAAUGGUGAAGAAAUAGAUUUAAAAAUGAAGUUGGGCGAAAAUGGUGUCGCAUUCUUUACUGAGCCAACUACAGAUGCAGAUGUUCCUGAAUAUCUGGUAACAAGCCCAGUCCCAGGAAGUAGUUCUACUCCAGUUGAUGGGAAGGAUCUUGCCAACAGGAUAGAAAAAAUCCGACGAGAGCUGUCGCGUUCAAGAUAUAAAAGAGCAUUGUCGGAAUGUUCCAGUUCUCGUUCACAUUCUUCGCAUUCACGUGAACAUUCCUGCGAAUUAGACAUUCAUCUCAGAAAAACGCUUCCAUUCAAUGCAUCACUAUUCAGUCAACGUAGGAAUCGAUCGUUACCGAAUCUUACUGAUCUUACUGACGAUCAGCUACAGAAAAAUAGUAAAAGAAUUACUAAAAAUAAGAGGCAGUUGAUGGACUCUCAUUCGUUCGCUGCAGGACGCAGUUUAUCACCUCCAACUUGCACCUUUCGUAGGAAUCAUGCAAAGGCCUCUACCGAAAUAAUGCGUAAAUUAUCAAACUCAACAAAUGAGGAAAGUGAUGUAGACGAUGCAGCAUCAAUAGUUUCCAUUGAUAGUGGAACGGAUCGUCUGAAAGUUCCUGGCUUGGGUAUGAUUUCUGAUGGUGCGUUUUCGGAUUCCGAACUUGACCGGCAUCGAGACACUCUUGAACCACACAAAAAUGAAGUUAUGGUAUGGAAAUGGGGUGAAUUGCCAAGAACACUUGAAGAAACGGAAAAAGCAAAAAAAAAGCAAGGAGAUAUGAAAACUGAGCAGGAAAAGAAAGGAUCAACAUGGGGUGGAUGGUUUUGCUGGUCACGUGCCAAACCAACAGAAGAUCAGGGUGUUUAUUUGGAUGAUCUUGUGCAAAGUGCCAGUGAUCCCAGUAAAAUCGAAAAAUAUCUGGGGAUGUCACCACCUACUGCGUGUCCUUCACCACCCAGUGAUAGUGGGAAUGGUUCCAUUACGGGAUUAAAUUCUCCCCCUAAGGAUAGUGAUAAUGAAGACGAAGCGAACAGUGAGGUACAGCAGCAAGGGCGAACUUCGACACCAACAUCUGACAGCAAGAAGCAUGCGAUUAAUAUAAAUUUAUCGGGUAAUCAGCUUUCUCUUCGGUCUUCCGAUACGCAUGAACCAACCGAAGCACACGGUUGUGAAACAAAAAGAAAUCUUGCUCGAAGCAUAACUCCAUCCAGCGAUAUCUUUCCUAUGAGUGAUGAAGAAGCAGAAAGUGCAGUACCAGCGCUUUCCGGUGCAGAAACUACCAUAGAAUUCCCAAAAUACAUUCGUUCUUUACGACUUUCUAGUGACAAGUUGAAAAAGUUGGGAUUACGCAAAGGAGCCAACGAAGCAAGAUUUUCAAUUACUACAAAGUUUCAGGGUACUACAUGGUGUAGCUGUCAUAUCUAUCUAUAUAAAUGGACUGAACGUUUAGUUAUCUCUGACAUUGAUGGAACCAUAACGAAAAGUGAUGUAUUAGGACAUGUUAUACCAGCUAUUGGUGGUCAGUGGGCUCAUGCUGGAGUCGCAGAAUUGUAUACUAGGAUCAAGGAAAAUGGCUAUCAAUUGGUUUAUUUAUCUUCUCGUGCAAUAGGUCAAAGCUACUCUACGAAGAAGUACUUGCAAAGUGUUGCUCAGAACGCAAAAUUUCUACCUGAUGGACCAUUGUUGUUAUCACCUACAUCCGUGCUUAUGGCUUUCAGAAGAGAAGUGAUAGAUCGCAAACCAGAAGAAUUUAAAAUAGCUGCUUUGACAGAUUUGAAGGAAUGCUUUCCGGUGAAACGUCCAUUCUAUGCUGGUUUUGGAAAUCGCGAAACAGAUGUAGUAAGUUAUCGAGCAGUGGAUAUACCUCCGGAUAGAAUACUGAUUAUUGAUAAACAGGGUCGUGUUAGGCGUGCUGACUCUAUUGGUUUCGAAACAUCAUUUAUGUCAUUGGCAAUGGACAUAGUUGAUUACAUGUUCCCUCCACUUAUCCGUCGGCGAAACGAGCGUCAAAGGUUGAGCGAGCCAAAGAAAAAUUCGUUUCUUUUGGCACCGUCAUUUUACAAAGCUCACAGUUACAGUGAUUUCACUCAUUGGCAGUCAAAAGCGGGGUGUGCCGUUCGUUUGGAUGAUAAUACAUUAGAAAGUUACGAGGCGAAGAGGAAAAGUUUUCAUGGAAAAUACAAGAAGAAAUGA